GUAUAGUAUAUAAUAGGUCAGUCAGUGGAUCAUCUUCACAGUUUGGAGUGAGCAUCACAUUUAGUUGUACCUACCUUUGAAGUGUGUCGCGUAUUGAAAAAAAUGAAACUGUUCAUCAUAGCUGCUCUGAUCGCCGUGAGCGCCGCGGCGCGCCUAGAACACCUCGAACGCUCUUACCUGCCCCCCGAUCAGUCAGGAGCCGGAUCCAACAACCUGGGCUUCGGAAGCCAGGGGCAGUCGGCUUUUGGAGGUAGCCAUGGUCAAUCUGGCUUUGGCAGCAAUGGACAGUCUUCAUUCGGUAGCCAAUCCCUGGGCUCCCAAGGAUCUCACGGAUCUAACGGCUUUGGUUCCAAUGGCGCUUCUUCCUUCCACUCUGGUGCUGGAAGCCAAGGCGCCUUCGGUAGCCAAGGCCAGGGAAGCCAAGGAUUAGGCAGCCACGGAGCCUUCGGAAGUCAGGGGUCUGACGCCUUCGGCGCCGCCACUUCCAACCAGUACCUUCCCCCUAAUGGACCUUCUGCCAACGGACAAAAUGGUUUUGGUGCUAAGCAAGGACCUCAACGCAACCAGGCCUCAACCCAGUUCGGUUCUCAGCCCAGCAACCAAUACGGUGCUCCUAGUUUCAACAGCCGCUUCGGCCAAUCCCAGGGCCAGAGCCAGGGCAGUCAAGGAUUUGGGCAGAACCAGGGCAGCCAAGGAUUUGGCAGUCAAGGCCAGUUCGGCAGCCAGUCCCAAGGAAGCCAGGGUCAAUUUGGAGCGGCCAGCGCUGCCAGCCGUCAGUACUUGGCACCCAAGACCAGCUCCAGUUUCGACAACAUUCCUCAGCAGGCUUUCGACGAGAAGACCGGCUACCAGUAUUAGAUCGUUCGUGUUUUAGCCAAUUGUGAUCUAAAUUGUAUAAUGUGUUCUAUAAAUAUAUGUAAUGUGAUAUA